AGGGACCACCGAAGGCCCUGCCUGGGGGCUCCGGGGUCUGCCUGCCUGCCUCCUCCUGGCGGUGUUGCUAUGGCUAUGGCCGCCACCAGGCCGGCAACGAGCGGCGCCACGUGACUCGCCCGGCGGCCACGGCUGCUGCUGCUGCUGCUCCUGGGCGGGGAAGGAGGAGGAGGAGGAGAGGAGGGAGAAGGAACACAAGCAGCAGCAGCAGCAUCCCAGGCAGGGCGCUUUCCCAGCCGCGCCAAAGGCCGCCUCGACGACACAAGCACAGGCGGCAGCAGCAGCAGCAGCGCCGCCACCACCAUCUUCCUCCUCCUCCUCUCGCCUGUCUGUCCUCCCUCCAGCACCGCCUCCGCCUCCGCCGUCCUUCUCCUGCCCCCCGCUUUGGAGGCGCGGCUCUCACCGCAGCCCCCCAUGGAUGAUGGAGCCUCCCUGCCGCCAUGUUUCUGAUUCAUCAUUCAGCUGAACUCCCACAUCUGGCUGGUCCUCACUUUCAGCCUUUCCCAUGGGCUCACCAGUAUCAUUUGUUUUAUCCAGGAUGGCUGCUUGCGGAGGCACCACCAAAAAUAGGCUCACGGUAAAUAAGCACGUCUGGGACUUUCUGACCAAGGAAAGCCCUGCCAAGCUGGUCAAGCUGAAAGAAGAAAACAAGGUGAGCAUCUUGAUUGAUGGUGAAACCUCAGAGAUCUACGUGCUGCAGAUCACCAUGCCUGCCCACGGGCCCAGCAAUGGCCUGUACCUGGCCCGUAAGGCCCUCAAGGCUCUGCUCAAGGAGACUGAGAAGGAAUUGAAGAAGGCCCAGCGCCAGAGUGAGCUGAUGGGCUGCAUGGCCUUAAUGGAGAAAAACAGAGAGCAUGGGGCAGUAGAGCUUCACCGCCGAGGGGCUGGCUUGAUAUCCAGAGGGCAGCAAACCUCCGGGCCCAGAGUGGUCAGUGGGAGCGGAGGGGUAGCUAGCUGCUCGCGGGGCGGGGAGGAGGAACAGGACAGCCAGUGCCCCAUCUGCUUAGGGGAGAUCCAGAACAUUAAGACUCUGGAGAAGUGCAAGCACUCCUUCUGCGAGGACUGUAUCACCCGGGCCUUGCAAGUCAAGAAAGCCUGCCCGAUGUGUGGCCGCUUCUAUGGGCAGCUGGUGGGCAACCAGCCAGAGAAUGGGCGCAUGCUGGUCUCCAAGGACUCAAGUCUGCUGCUCCCUGGUUAUGAGAAAUAUGGUACCAUCAUAAUCCAGUAUGUCUUCCCACCUGGCAUACAAGGGGUGGAGCAUCCCAAUCCCGGUGUCCGCUACCCAGGAACCACUCGUGUGGCCUACCUACCUGACUGCCCUGAAGGCAACAAGGUGCUGGCUCUGUUCCGCAAGGCCUUUGACCAACGUCUCACCUUCACCAUUGGCACCUCCAUGACUACAGGACGAGCCAAUGUCAUCACCUGGAAUGAUAUCCACCACAAAACCAACUGCACUGGCGGGCCACAGCUGUUUGGCUACCCUGAUCCUACGUAUCUUGCUCGGGUGCAAGAGGAACUACGGGCCAAGGGUAUCACCAAUGACUGAUUUUAUUCCCUGCUCCUAUAUGCCCAGGAAUGGCUUGUUCUUUCUGCCAAGUCCAGCAAUUGUGGAUGGAACAUUCUCACCUAUCAGAGUCAACCCUUUCAUGAUGUGAUCUUGAUCCAGAGCCUGGUCAUUCAAGCUGAGAUGACAUUCCAAGUUGAAUCAGUUACCUGAAGAGUAGGAGUGCAGAGGCCUGUGGAUGUGUGUGUGUGUGUGUGUGUGUGUGUGUGAGAGAGAGAGAGAGAGAGAGAGAAUUAAUGAAUUGGAGACCUGCCUUUGAAUUGGUUCUAGAAAGAAAAAAAUUCAAGCUAGUCUACACACUGCACACAGUGGGAUAGAGUUCUGGAUACAUAACCUCAGAGUACUGGGUGAGAUGGGAUUAUUAUUUCAAAUGAUACCCUCUGUGUUCAAACAGAAGGGGAACAAACAACUUUCUGCAUGCAGUAAACAAGCACGUCAGGGAGAGUGCUCCACUGAAUAUUUCUUCCUGAUGUACUAGACAACUACAUGGUGGAAGGAUUCAGUUUUGUUUGUUUUUUAAAAAACGAGAGAGCGUUUGAAAAUAAGACAACCACUGCCUGUGCUCUGAUAUCACUUAAAUACAGGAUUCUACUAUCUGCAUAAUAAUAGGUUGGCUCUUUGGCCCAGAAAUAGGCUCAUGAAAGGGCAAGCCAUUUUUAUUUGUUCACAUUUCUGCCUCAUUCACAUUUUAAAAACGAGAGGGGUUGUUUUGGUUUACCUCAAACUGAGUGUGCUGGUGAGGGGAGCUUCCCCACAUUACCUUCCUGGGCUCUUGGCCAUCAGUCUCCAGUCUCUUAAAACAAGGAGACUUGUAAGAUUGGCAGAAGGCUAGGAGAGGGAUUGCAGGGAUGUAAGACAUGAAGGGAGAAGGGAGCAUUCUGUACUUCUUACUUGGGUGCUCUGUCUAUCUUAAAAUGAAACCUCCCUUCUCUUGUGUCUACACCUGUUUGUGGAUAUAUUCAAAUAGGUUCAAAUGGGUUUUGUGGGGUUUUUGAUGAGGUAAAUGAGCAAGGCAUUUGUUGUGUGUUUGAGAGGAAGCGCUGGCUUACCCAGGGUGUCUGUGAAAAAGGUUAGGUUUUUAAAAGCGAGGUCUCCCAGUUACAAUGCUGCUUCAUAUCCACUAGAUCACCCUGUAUCUUUUAUCUUGGGUCCUUAGCAGGGGGAUUUAUCUUCUGCUCAAAGGUAUGGUAAAGUGAGGGUGAAAUUCAAUGUGCAUUUUCAUUGCAUUCCAUUCUUGCCCUCUAGCUCACUUUAGUCAUGCUUGUAGAAUUCUAAACACAUUGAGAACGAGACUAUUGGAAAUGAAAUAAAGUUAAAGUGAAGUACACUUGCAAAAUUGCUGUCAUUUGGGCACAGAAUGCUCAGUGCUUGGAGUUUGCCUUAAACCGCUGAAAAGGUGGUUGCAUGGAUUUGUGUGGGUGGAGUCAUAGUGAGUGAAUUGGGAAGAGAGAGUGAAGUAUGUGACAGUGUCCAGACCUUUAUACACAGCCUCUUCUCUUGUUCUCUGCUACCUUCACCACUCCUCAGACCCCUUUGCUGGUCACUUGAGCUGCCCAGACAUCUGAUAGUAUACCCAUCCACAGUGUUGUUAAUCUCAAAGACUGGAAUCAAGCAGAACUUAUCAGGAACACUGGACUGUCCUUCCAGGUCACCUUGGAAGGCAAUGGCUUGCUGACUAGUCACAGACAUUAGCACACGCAGUCACCACAUCUGGCAAGAACGGUCAGCAAUGCCGUGGACCAUGCCUCGUGUAUAUAUCUUCUGUGCAGGCAUAUCAACCGUUGUGUAAUUAUUCCAGCUGUCCCACGUGGGACACCUUGAGCAUCAUUUGGAACUGAGCCAGGCCUUAGCUGGUCUGUAUGCUUGUGACUCUGGAACCUACCUUGUUUGUUGAGUGGUUGGGGGAGUUGCGGGAGGGGAAUUUCUCUUGGCUAAUUGUUAAACGCGUCACCUCUGGCAAAGAUGAAUUCUGAUAUUCGCUUUGUCUUAUGAGAACUCUCCUCAAGUGCACAGUUUGAACGAAGGGGCUUUCUUUGCUGUUUUAAAAGAGUAACUGAAAAUAUGA